AUGGUGUUGAACCCGCAACAAACAGGCUUUUCGGACGACUCGCCACCGUCGGAUAGCGAUUCAUACUUCUCAAGCUCCGAGUAUUCAGAAGGCGGACAGCUUUCUCGGUUUGCCAAAUAUCCCACACGAGUUGAAUUGCCGCCAUUUAGCCUCAUCAAGCGGAUAUUUUACUGGACCGAGGCCAACUACCAACGAAGCAUUGGCCGCCUAAUCGAAGACCGCUUGGACUUCAUCCGCGUGAUCACCAAUCGGUUCCCAACCCAAGAAGAGACGGAUGCGUUAGUUUCGCAAGCUUCGACUAUGCAGAACAUGCCUUGUUACGGAGGGGUUGCGGGCCUAGCUGUAGGAUCGUUUAUUGCAAAAUCGAAAAAUGCUGCAGAAGAGGCAGUCUCCAAAAAGUCAGCCAGCGAACACUUUACUCCAAAUCAGAGUCGACCUCUACUCAAGCUGAACCCAGGUGAACUGAAAGGCAGACUCAUAAGAGCUUCAUUUAUAUUGCCGAUAUUUGGAUUUGUUGGUCUCGCCAUCGGUGAGGUCGUCGGUGAGGCAUUUUCCAAAAUCAGUAUGUCCACAGACCCCAGAUUAGUUCCUCUUUUAAAGGAGGUUGGACAAUUAGACCAGAAGGAGGUUAUGGCUCGUAUUAGGCGGCACAAUGCAGAAAGAUUAGCAGCGGCUCGUCGCCAACGUAACAAUGUGCAUCCUGCCCCUCAGCCUCAACGUUCGGAAUAUUAUGCUGCCAAUGAUACCAGUCCUACGAACACAUAUGGUCAGCAAGGAACCACUGAAUCUUCCUAUUACCAGCCUGACAUACAGGCAGGAUAUAGCAACCAGUCAACCAUGGGGGAUUCGAAAAUCCUCAGAGAGACCUAUCGACAGGGAGAAACUUCGGAGUAUUCCACUUCAUCUUCAUAUCCUGGCACAAAUGAUUAUUCGAGAGAAUGGAGACAACAGCAGACAUACCCUCCCGCUCGCGACAACUCUACUUCUAGUACAGAGGGGAAGAGUUUCUGGGAUGACGAUGCAAGCCCUGUAAGCCCAGAGCUCACAUCUACCACUGACUUAUCAUCAUCCCCUACCCCACGCUCCGGAAGUGCCUGGGCGCGUAUUCGCCAGCAAUCCAUGGGUGAUUCCUCUUCAAACAGUGGGAGUAAUAACACUUCCUCAUCGGGAUGGUAG